AAGACGGCGGUGGCGAUAUACCAGAAAUGGGUCUGAACCGGCGGCGAUUUUGUUGUUUAAUAAUACCCUGUUGUAAUUCUAGAAGAUCGGCGGCGGUUGGAUUCAAUUGGUGGCAGAGAAUAGGGAGAGGUGAGAAUAGUGAGAAAUUGUGGUGGGAUAGUAGUGUGAAAGCGGUGAAGAAGAUUCGAGAAUGGUCGGAGAUUGUGGCGGGGCCCAAAUGGAAGACAUUUAUUCGACGGUUUAAUCGCGGCGUCGGCGGCGGCGUCGGCGGCGGCAUCGGCGGUGGCGGCGGAGGAAAAAGUGGGAAAUUUCAGUAUGAUCCGUUGAGUUAUGCAUUGAAUUUUGAAGAUGGAUUAGGUCAGAAUGAAGAUAUUGAAUUUCAACGGAAUUUUUCUUCUCGUUAUGCAUUAAUCAAUGGAUUGAAGAAAUCGCCGACGGCGACGGAGGAAUCUGUUUAGUUGUGUCGCCGGCGGCCGCGGCGGCGGAAUCAUUUUUCUUUAUUUAUUAUUCAUUUUUUUUGGUUUCUAUUGUU